CGGCGAGGGCGCGCGGGCCGGCGGAGGGGCGGGGCCUGCGCGAGGCUGACAGUUGGGCAAGGAUGUCGGCGAGGAGGCGCAUCGGCGACCCUGAGUUCUUGACCAAAAGGAUCCCACAGAAUCCUAAAUACCAGCAUGUAAAAACUCGCCUUGACACUGGUAGCAGUAUGACCAAGUACACUGAAAAACUAGAAGAGAUCAAGAGAAAUUACAGAUACAAGAAAGAUGAGCUCUUCAAGAGACUAAAAGUGUCUACAUUUGCCCAACUGGUUAUUCAGGUUGCCACUCUGUCGGAUGAAACUUUGAAAGGGCCACCUGAAGAAGGCCAGAAACUAGAUGAAGGCGACGCUGCUCCUACAGAGACCAAUCUUGAGGUAGCAGAGACCAACGGCAAAGGCAGCCCCGAGGAGGAGACGCCAGCCAGUCCCAUCCUGUUCAUCAACAACACCGGAGCUGGAGAGUCAUAUCGUUCCACCUUACAGAGUGUCAUCAGUGGGGUAGGCGAGCUGGACCUGGGCAAAGGCGACCCCAAGGAGACGCAGGUUCCAAACGAUGGACCUUAUCCCGACUGCCCUUACCUGCUGCUGGACGUGCGAGAGCGAGAUGCCUAUGACCAGUGCCACCUUGUGGGAGCUCACUCCUAUCCCAUCGCUACUCUCUCCCGAACGAUGAAUCCCUACACCAACAGCAUUUUGGAAUACAAAAAUGCUCACGGGAAGAUUAUCAUCCUUUAUGACGAUGACGAGAGGGUGGCCAGCCAAGCAGCCACCACCAUGUGCGAGCGGGGCUUCGAGAAUCUGUUCAUGCUUUCUGGAGGUCUCCGAGUCAUUGCUCAGAAGAUCCCCGAAGGCCUGGUGACCGGCUCCUUCCCCGCCUCCUGCCUGGUGGCCAGUCAGCAAGGAAACUCCCGGAAAAAAGCCACCCCGCCUCCGCCGCCCCUCGCCCACGCCGCCGAAAACAAGUGGAGGUUUACCACAGAGGAUCUGCAAAAGAUACAGUACUACCUGCAGGAGGAACAGCUUCCCAGCGACCCUGCCAGCCGCCUCAGCCGCUUAUCAUCCGCCCGGGAUUGCAAAGCCGCCGCCGUGAAGAGCAGCCAGAACCUGCCCAGCACCAACCCAGCUACGGCGGGCCUCACCACCCGCUCCCUCAGCAGCAGCAGCCUGCAGAACAGGCCUUGGCGGUAGCCCGGCACCCUUUUGCGAGAAUAAAAGAGGGCCCGUUUUCCUGGGGCCGUUUAACCCGA